GUGUGUGUCCCGUGUGUCUGAAACACGUGUGUGCGCGCGUGUGUGUGUCGUGUGUGUGUGUGUGUGUGUGUCGUGUGGUGCGUGUGCUUGCGUUAUGAUAUAAAUAAGGGAUUGCAAAAAGGGCUGGGGAAAUUAGGAGAGUUGGAUCCUAUAUGCGCAGUGCUGACACGUAUAAAGGGCAUCUUCUUUCUGCUCUCAACCGUGACCGGUGGUGCCUGCUUAUAAGCUGCGUUUCUGUUCCUGAGCUCCAAAACCUUGACUGGGACAUGCAAAGCAAUUGCAGUUCUUGGAGUGUUACAUUUGAAGAAUAGUUUUUUAUAGUAUUUGUUAUCUGUCAUGGAGUCAGCCAAAGUGCUGACGAAGAAGGAACGGCGGCAGCUUCGUCAGCAGGGCCGAGUCCCACACAAGUUGAAAGAGCUUUCAAAGGCCACACAGGUUUUGAAAGCUGAUCGGAAGAAAGACAAUAGGACCAGGCAGCCAUGGAACAGGCCUAAAAAUGCUGAUGAUGGAGAUCCAUUCCCAGGACCGGUACCACACUCUCACUCACAGCUGGACAAGUAUGACUGGGGCGAAGGGCUGGACGUGUCGUCCCUCCGGCCGGGCCCGCACCAGGCACACGCCUGGCGCCGGGAGCGGCUCACGGAACAGGCGCUCCAUGAGAUGGCCACCGGCGAGAUGCUGCUUCAGGAGGAGGAUGGUUUCCUGUAUGCGGACGAGGGCGAGGACACUGCCGAUAUCAGUCAGUCGGAUCUGCGGGACGCCGUCGACAUCACGUCUGCCACCAAACAAUUCGAGCUGCGGCUGCGCCAGUUCGGCCCCUACUGCGCCAAUUAUACGCGCAACGGCCGCCAGCUGGUGCUGGGCGGGUCGCUGGGUCACGUGGCCGCCCUCGACUGGGUCACCAAACAGCUGAUGUGCGAGGUCUCCGUCGGCGAGUCCGUCCAUGACGUCAAGUGGCUGCACAACGAGAACAUGUUUGCGGUGGCGCAGAAGGAGUGGGUGUUCGUCUACGACAGCCAGGGCACCGAGCUGCACUGUCUGAAGACGCUGCACCGGGCGCUGAAGCUGGAGUUCCUGCCCUACCACUUCCUACUGACCUGCUGUACGGAGCGGGGCCUUCUCAACUGGCUGGACGUCAGUACGGGCCGGAUCGUCACACAGACGCACACACGGAUGGGCCGACUGGGCGUCAUGUGCCAGAACCCAGCGAACGCCGUGCUGUGUCUGGGUCACACGCGCGGUGUGGUCAGCAUGUGGACGCCCAACGUACCGGAGCCCGUGGCCAAGAUACUCUGCCACCCACAUCCUGUCCAGGCGGUCAGCGUUGAUCACACCGGCACGUAUCUCGCUACGGGCAGUGUGGACCGGACUGUAAAAGUGUGGGAUCUGCGCACCUACGGCUGUCUUCAGUCGUACCGGCUGGGUGCGGGAGCUAGUCACCUGCAGUGGAGCCAGAAGCACCUGCUGGCAGCCGCCGUGGGUAACACAGUGGAGGUGUACCGCGACUGUAUCACCGGUACUCCGGACCGGCCCUACCUGCGACACAAGAUGGCCGGCUCGGUCAGCGGACUCCAGUUCUGUCCUUACGAGGACGUGCUCGGCUGCGGACACAGAAACGGCUUCACCAGCAUGCUGGUACCCGGUGCCGGCCAGGCCAACUUUGACGCGUACGAGAGCAACCCGUACCAGACCAAGAAGCAACGGCGUGAGGCGGAGGUCAAACAACUGCUGGAAAAGAUUCAGCCGGAGCUCAUCACGCUGGACCCGGUCGCCCUGGGACAGGUGGACACCGCCACACUGCAGGAGAAGGUCCAGGCCAAGGAGAAACUAUUGUUCGUCAAAACGCCCAAGAUCGACUACACUCCCAGGAAGAAGACCAAGGGCCGCAGCAAAGACGGCAAAAUGGCCGCACGCAAGAAGGGUGUUCGAGGCCUCGAGCAGCGGAAAUACAUCAAGGAGGCGAAGAAGGCGUCCAAGGCCCUUAUUGAGGCCGAGAAAGGCCCUGCCAAGGCGGCGACCGCGACCAAAAAGGCUGUGCUCGACCGGUUCAAGAAGAAAUCACUAUAGGUGCGACUUUCGACAUGAAACAAUGCUAUCUGUAUAUCGCCCAAGUGAAAUACAUUUUGUCGACUGUG